AUGUACAGCCUUGUCAGAACUAGAAAAUCACGUAAAUUCCAGGUAAACGUACAACAGACUGAGUUGCCGGCCCAAGUAGGCAUAAACGGCCGAGCAGGCAAAAUGGUACCAACAACCGAUAUAAGAAAUAUAAAAUCGUCAUCUAAUAGUAACGCACCAAAGACUGUGAAUGGAUCAUCCAAGAAUGUUGCUGGCAUAGGUAUCGUUAAUGGAAAAGACCUCGUUAAGAGAAGUCCUGCCCUGCCUCCCUCUAAAGCUAACAAGCUUCCUCCUUUAGACAUGCCGAAAGUUUUGCCUUUGGAUGAAAGCUUUAGUUGGGCCAAUGAAAAUUAUAACAAUAUUCAGAGGACUGUUGAUGUUUGGUCAUUUGUUCUUACCCUUCGUGUGCGUGUUCUCUUGGACAAUGCAAAAUGGGCCUACAUUGGGAGUUUCUCUGAAGAAAAACAGCGAGAGAGAAGGCGGCAAACGGCCUCGUGGUUGAGGGAAAGUGUUAAGAUAAAUCAGUUAGAUACGAUAGACGCACGGGGUUACAAUCGUUCAAAUAUUUCAUCACGAGCAAUUGAAGCCUAUUUAAUUCAGAUAUUGAAAACGGGCUUCUUCCAUGCCGAUCCUCAUCCUGGUAACCUUGCCAUCGAUGUCGAUGAGGCCCUCAUAUACUACGACUUUGGUAUGAUGGGAGACAUUAAGAGCUUUACCAGAGAGAGAAUGUUGGAAGUUUUCUAUGCCGUUUAUGAGAAAGAUGCCAAAAAGGUUAUGCAAGGUCUCAUUGAUCUUGGAGCACUUCAGCCCACAGGGGACAUGACAUCGGUGAGGAGAUCAGUGCAGUUUUUCUUGGAUAAUUUGCUAAAUCAAAGACCCGACCAGCAGCAGACUUUGUCUGCAAUUGGUGAGGAUUUAUUUGCAAUAGCGACAGAUCAGCCAUUUCGUUUUCCUUCUACUUUCACAUUCGUGCUUAGAGCAUUUUCAACACUUGAAGGCAUUGGCUAUACUCUGGACCCAAAGUUUUCAUUCCCUAAGAUUGCUGCACCAUAUGCUCAGGAACUCUUAGAUUUAAGACAGCAACGGCCGAGUGGGACACAACUCGUUCAAACGUUAAGAAAACAAGCUGACGAUGCAAGAUCAUCAACUAUAUCCAUGCCUUACCGGGUCCAGAGAAUAGAAGACAUCAUGAAACAACUAGAGUCUGGAGAUUUAAAGCUGCGUGUUCGAGUUCUUGAGUCGGAAAGAGCAGCUCGAAAAGCAACCAUACUACAAAUGGCAACCAUUUAUACGGUUUUUGGUGGUACCCUUCUAAAUCUUGGCGUGACGUUUAGCAACCAAGGCAAUCAAGUUAUUGGGAAUGGUUCUUUUGUUGCUGCAGGGGUUUUCCUCACUCUAUUUGCAAGAUCCAUGCAGAGGGUGAAAAACAUUGAUAAAUUUGAGAAGAUGAUAUGA